GAUUGACUCAGAAUGAUGAAUUAACUCUCACUUAAAUACUUCAAUUUGAGUAGAAUCUAGUUCAAUUAGAAAAUUAAAUACAACAAAUUAAGCAAACUAUUAUGUAGAACACCACAAGCGUGUAUUACAAGUUUGAAAGCACUCAAAAAGUGCUCGAAUCGUUGUUUACCGAAGGUGUCCUUUUGUUGACAGUCGCUUUAAAUUGCAAAAGGAUAAAAUAUGUUUUUAUUAGUUUAAAUUGUUGUUUUCGGGUAAAUCAAUACAUUGUAGGUAGUUAAAAGCUUCAGGACAAUUACUAUGACAAGCACUUUAUUCGAAAGUGAUUCGUUCAACCGGCGGUUCGUUGAGAAGUUGGUCGAACAGCGAGAUCGAAUCCUGCGAGGUGACGAAGUGUCCGUUUGGCAGCAGAUUGCCUUGGAGCUGUCACAGGACUGGGAAUUGGAUUGUGGUGAUCUCCGGUGGCAAGAUCUGAGCCGGUACUUCAAGCGCAGUUUGGUGUUCAAGUUGAGCCACCGGAAGUGGACCACGGAUCAAGGAUUGAUCGAUCGGUUGCAGUAUCCUUACUUGAGGAAGGUGUACGUGGUCACGAUUCAGUUCUAUGACCGAGCAUGCCCGGCUAUGAGGGUGAUUGAAAACAUCAGUGAGAUUCAGGACAAUAAACUGUUCAUCAAGUACACGAUGGAUGGGAGGUUCGAUCCGGAUGUGGUGGCCGCAUUCAAGCGACGAAGCAGGAAAGGGGUGCGUAUUUACGUUAACAUCAAUGUGGGAGAUCCGGUUUACAAUCUACCGGAGGAUGCGAAAAAGCUUCUGCUGCAGAUGGAACAUCACCGGAAGGAGCGUCCCCAUCGGAAAGGAGAUUCCCACGAAAGAGUAAGAUCUCCGGUCGGAACCCCGACGGUAAUCGAAAGUGGAAGUCCUCCAGAGAAGAUUUUUUCCCCACGCGAUCUACUGGAGAAGGAAUCGUUCUCGGUCAACACCCAAGAAUACGACGAGAUAAUCAAGGAAUCACUGGAACGGGAAUUGCCACCGUUGCCCAAGAGACGACGCUUGAGUCCAGGAUGUGUCGAAGUAUGGCUGGAAUCAUGCGAAAUCCUAAGCUCCAGUGCGUCCAUGGUCGACGGACAGAUUGAUCCGCUGCACAUGUCCAUCAGGAGUGGACCGGAGAAGAUGAAUCAAUCGAGUCGGGUAGCUGGAGGUUCACUUUCUGAGCCACAGAUGAACCCGGCUUGUCUUCUGGAGGAACUGACGGUCGUUAGGAGUCAACCUCCGACGCGAAUCAUGGCUAGUCAACCGACAACGCUAGCUCAGGAAUCGAUUCAUAUAAAACAGGAACCGGAAAUUGAGUCAGCAAGAGAGAAACCACCGUCGGCAGCUGGGUGUGAUCCUUUUCUCAAUAACAUUCUAGCGGAAUCUGAUGACGAGGAAGAGGAAGAUGAGCGAACUGAUCACAGUUACGCCAAGGAGAAAAGCAAUUCGGUAGUGAUCGAGCAACAUGGAGCUAGUGGAAAAGAAAUCCUGGAAUCUAGCACUAUCAUAGCGAGUAGAAGUCUUCACGAACCAUUGGCUGUCGUCAGAAGGCAACCUCCGACUCUGAUCAUGGCUAGUCAACCGCUGAGCUCGCAGCAGAACUCGAUUCAGCCUAAACAGGAACCUGAAACUGAGCCUUUGAGUGUCGCACCAACGUUGGAAACUGGUCAUCAAGAUCCAUUUCUCGAUAGUGUGCUGACCGAUUCCGAUGAUGAUGAUGAGGAAGAGAGGGAAAAGGAAGAUGAAUCGAAUUCCAGAAGGACGACCUCAAAUCCUACUGGAGCAAUCGGCAAUAUUGAUGUAGCUUUAAUAGACAGUAGUCACGCUCCUAUCUCCAACGAUAAUCGAAGUGAAUCUCAAACAACUGAAGUAAUUGCUCCGGUCGUUAGGAAGCAGUCCCCAACGGUAAUUGUUGCUAAGCCAACUCAAGAAUCUGUUCCUAUCAAAAAAGAGAUUAGCAUUCCAAAUGAACCAUCAUCUGCGGAAGCUUAUCAUGACCCAUUUCUCAAUGGCGUAUUCACAGAUUCAGAAGACGAGGAAGAUGAUGACGAAGAAGAGCAGAAUAUCCCGGACAAGCUUCAUAACGAAUUGCCUGAUAUCAUUGUUUCCUCAGAAAUUCCCUACCCUUCUACUACCAAAGAUACUGUUAGUACUCCGAUAGAGACUGAACAUCUCGAAACAUCACAAAGUACAAACGUCGAAUCAAACACCCAAAGACAAACGCAUUCGAUUAACACAUGCUUCAAUAGACAUUCUGACAACACCAUUGCGGCAGAAGCAGCCCAGACUCAGCUUCAACCUAGUGAAAGCGAAACCCAAAGUAUUACGAACCCAACAGAUAAUUUGAGUGCUCCGAAUCUAUCGAUAGAAUCUACAACAGCCCUCCAGUAUUCCGGUGUUGACCGUCUAGGGAUUCAGGCGUUAGACAACUCCCUCAAAUCCGUUCCCCGACACUUCAUCGUGAAACAACGGCUUCCGUUAACUGUUCCAGUGGACCCACCCAUUAAUGGGCUUAUUGGACAGCCCAUCGUCGGUCCGGGCGACACUGAAGUCCAAGGAGUGACGAACAAAGUUCAGAUGUACUUCAAGACAAAAAGCAUUUCUAAUUAUAAAAGGAGAACAAAGACAGCCUCAACUUAUGACUUAGCAGAUCGCCACCACUUAGUGGAAGCAGAUGACCCUGAACUCAGCACUGAGCGCUUUGACGUUAACCUACCUUUAGGAUCUCAAUCUCCAAAUGUGCAUAUCUACAUGAACGAUUUGCGAAGCGAAAGAUCUCGAACCCCUUUGAUUCAGUCACCACUUAGAAGCGAAUCCAGCAGAAUAGAAGACCUGGCGGAAGAUAGUGAGCCAUUCGAACACAGUUACCAGUCACCUGAUUCCAACCGACUGUUUAUCGCAUGGUCACCGAGUUCAGCCACCAACUCCUCCGGUUUUUCGAGAACCUCGAGAGCACCCGAACCGCCUACAACUUCGUCUCCGACAGCUUCGAAAUUCCAAGCUGAACAGUACGACUCUAUUCAGCCCAGUAUAGAAAGCCGGCUUCGAUUUCAGAUCGUGCUGAGAUCUCUGUGGCCAACACUCUUCGCGAGGGAUGACAGUUUUUGCGAUUUCCUACACCUAAUAUCAGUACUGGCUCAGAACAUUUUUCCUCUAUUGCAACCCAAUACGGGUCAUGCAGCGAUGGCGCUUCUAAGGAUGGUUACUCCCAUUGCCAGUCGAUUGGCAUACGGAAGCUUCGAGCCGACCGAGAACGAUAAUUUUAGAAGUCUUACAGAAACAAAUGACCGUAAUCAGAUUACAAAUCGAACUGACAAUGAGCGGGAAACUUCGAAGAGACAAAUCGACACUCAAAGCAAUUUAAGUACAGAUGAAACUCCAUCGUUGGUAAUCUCCGAUGACGAUGAAGAAGGGGAACUACCAGUGCGGUUGAAACGACAUUAUCGAGUCCACCAAACAGCGCCAUCUCAUACUGACUAGUAACGUCUGUAUUUUUUACAAGAAAUGUGAUAUUUUUACAUUAAAGUUAACAUUGCCGAAUCGUGUUUAAAUAAUUCAUACAAACGGCCUAUUUAUUUCCAUUUAAUUUGUUUUAUAACCAUCCUAUCUGCGUAUUUUUUUUUUCUUCCUUUCAAACACACUCAAACAUUCCUCUGCCCAGAUCAGUCAGAGCUUACGACUCCAUCGUUCCAUUCCAUUUCCGUUUUUCUUUCUUUGAUUUACUAACUAUCAACCAGUCAGUCAGUCAAUUUAGUAUGUAUGUGUGUGCAUCGCUUGUGACGCUCCUUUUCCUCGUAAAGUAAGAUUUAUCGCGCGGCUAUGACGACGACACUACGUCCGGCUCUCUACCAAGGUUCGUAUCCCACGAAUUAUUGGAGGUUGCGAUUCUACUUCAAAUGCGGAACAAGACUUCAGACAACCAAACAAUUUUACUUGAAAGAAUUCCCUCGCAAUCUAUACUUUUGGUCUAUUGCGACUGUGAUUCGUGAGUUGGUGGGUUUGGAGCGGACUUUUGUUCGGUUGUUCAAUUGUAUUGUGUUAUUUUGUUACAAUUACUCUAUACACUGUUGGACUCUGAAGGGAAGAUUAUAUUUAUACGGGGAGGAGGAGUUCAUUUGCUAGUACAGUACCAGAUCCAGAGCCAACACCGGCUAGGAUCUUCAAUUUUUUUGCCACAACAAGCACUAAAUUAUAAAGUAAGAGCCUGGAACAUAUCGGCAGACGACCUA